AUGGCUUCCUUCCUCGCGAGCAUCUACGGUACUGAGCAGGACAAGGUGAACUGCUCCUUCUACUACAAGAUUGGAGCCUGCCGUCACGGCGACCGCUGUUCCCGCAAGCACACUAAGCCUGCCUUCUCCCAAACCAUCCUCGUCUCCAACGUCUACGACAACCCUCGGCAUCGCGAUCCAGACUGCAAGAUCUCAGAUGCUGAGCUCCAGGAUCAAUUUGAUGACUUCUACGAAGACUUCUUUGUUGAGCUGGCCAAGUUCGGACAGCUAGUGGAGAUGCACGUAUGCGAUAAUGUGGGAGAUCAUCUGAUCGGGAAUGUAUAUGCGAGGUAUGAGUGGGAAGAGGAAGCUCAGCGGGCUGUGAACGCUCUCAACGAUGCAUGGUACAACGGACGCCCGCUCUUCGCCGAGCUGUCCCCUGUGACAGAUUUCCGCGAGGCCUGCUGCCGGCAGAACGAGACCAACGAAUGCAACCGUGGUGGCUUCUGCAACUUCAUGCAUCUACGCUACGCCUCUCCCUCGCUCGUGAGAGAUCUACAGCAUGAGCUAGCAGUGGAGCUGAGGGAGCGCAAGAGGGCAGAGAAGGAAGCCAAGAAGGGUUGGAAGGAGAGGGAAGACGUUACGGGCGGUGGUGAUGCAGGCGGGGACGUGCCGAGCUGGAAAAAGGCAAAGAGUGGAGGAGACUGGAGGAGUGGGUCUGGCGCUAUGGCGGUGGAUACACAAGAAGCCUCAAGAGAUCCGUACGCUGGUGGUAAUCAUCCGACUGGAGCGGAUGGACCUGAUGCUGGUAGCAGGAGAGAGUACCAAAGGGAAAGGGAAGUGGCAAAUGGUGGGGGAAGAGAAGAAGAGAAGAUGAGGGGGUGGAGAGACGGCGAAGGGACGCGGGCAUAA